AUGUCAGACUCCCUCCCCUCCGUAUCCCACGACCCAGACGCCGCCGAGCAGCUCCCCCCCGCCAACGCCGAGGACCGCAAAGCCGCCGCCGCCCUCUCCGCCCUGCACACCAAUGACAUCAGCGCAGAGCCCGGGAAACCCUUCGCCUCCGGGGACCAAGAGGCGCUGGGGAAGGCGAUGAGCAGGCUCGAGAUUGCGGCGGGGAAGGAGGCAGCGGUGUCGCGGGCAGCGGAUCCAAAGAAGGAUGCGGGGGUGGUGAAGAAGAAGGCUGUCAAGGUUUCUGCGGAGAAUGUCAAUCUGCUGGUGCAGGAGUUGGACCUGAGUAAGGCGAAGGCGACGGAGUUGCUGAAGGCCCAUGAUGGGGAUCUGAGGGAGGCUAUUCGGGGGUUUAUCGCUCCUCUUGGAGCUUGA